UUCCUUGCUGUUAGUUACUCAUCAUUUGCUUACCACUGUUCGGUAUUGUAGGGUGGAGGUAAUGCUUGCUCCUGUCACCGACUCUGGGUUUAAAUGCAUCGCUUUUCCCACAAAUUCAAGCCGAAAUCUCUCCACAGCAACAAACUCCAAGACAGCCUGCGGACCAAAUGAAUUUGUGUAACCAUCAUGGGCAGUUAAGAAAAAUAGGCUAGUUAUCUGCUGUGUGGAGGACAGAAGGUUAGUAAUACCCCGGAGCAUCCCUCCUCUCUUCCCACUUCCCACAGUCCAGCAAGUUUCCAGCACCAUGGCUGAAGAAGAAUAUGGCAGCUUUGUGGACUGGAACCAGAUGGGGGAUCUGGCCAAGAGCAGCGGGCCCACCAAGGUAGACUGUAAAGACCUAAAAGAGUUCAAACAGAUGGCUCGGCAGGGUUACUGGGCCAAAAACCACAAACUACGGGCACAAGUCUACCAACAGCUCAUCAAAGCCAUUCCCUGUCGUACCGUUACCCCAGAUGCAGAAGUAUAUCGUGACAUUAUGGGAAAUGCAGCCACUAAGAAGCCCUCCUCCCACAUCCCACUUCCAGAUUUUGUGGAUGGAAGUCCUGUACCACGGUACUCCCUGAAGGCAGAGGCAGUAGCCUCGGCCCAUCAGAUUAUCAACUGCGUGGCUGGACAGUUUCCAGAUAUCUCCCACUGCCCAUCACUACCGGCAGUUACUUCAUUGCUCCUGCACUUCAGCAUAGACGAAGCCCAGUGUUUUGAACAUGUCAGCCGCAUGCUGGCCUGCAACGAGCCGGGCAAACGACUGCUGGACCAGACUUUCUUGGCCUAUGAGUCCAGCUGCAUGACUUUUGGUGACCUGGCCAACAAGUACUGCGCAGCCGGCCACAAACUGAUUGUGGCCACAGCCCAGGAUGUGAUGGAAGUCUACUCAGACUGGCAGCGCUGGGUGUUGGGUGACCUGCCCUUCAGUCACAUGGUCAGGAUCUUCGAUGUCUACCUAGUAGAGGGCUACAAGAUUCUCUACCGUGUGGCCAUAGCCUUGCUCAAGUUCUACCGCAAGCAUAAAGCAGGGGCCCAGGGAGGCCAGGGCAACCAGCAGCAGCAGGAUUCAGCCAAAGUUAGGGCAGACAUCCAAGCUUUCGUCAAAGGCAUUGCCUCCACCGUCACACCUGACAAGUUGCUAGAGAAGGCCUUCUCCAUCCGUCUGUUAAGCCGCAAGGAGAUCACCCUGCUGCAGCUCGCAAAUGAAAAGUCCCUGCAGCAGAAAGGAAUCACCGUCAAACAGAAGCGGCGGAACGUGCAGCUGGCUCUUAACCCUGACACCUUCUCCUCUGAGAUUGUUAGCGCCAAGGAAAUGCGGGACAUCUGGUCAUGGAUUCCUGAGCGCUUUGCCCUGUGCCAACCACAACUCCUCUUCACCACCGCUACCCAUGGUUGCAGCCUGAACAGAUUCUACUCACAUUGUGAAGGCCACGAACCGACUCUGCUCCUCAUCCGGACCACAGAUGGCGAUGUAUGUGGAGCCUUCCUGUCCACAGACUGGGAGGAGCGGAAGAGAGGAGGAAACAAAUUGAGUUUCUUUGGCACAGGGGAGUGUUUUGUCUUCAGGCUGAAACCAGAGAUGGAGCGCUAUGAGUGGGUGGUGAUUCGCCAUCCUGAGUUAGCCUCCUCCAUCAAGACUCAGGACCAGGAAGACACAGCUCCAUCUGAGGGUCAAAACGCAGAAAACAAUAGCUUACCGCAGCCAGAGAAACCUGCUGGAGACCUGUCACCCUUCCUCUCUGCCCGCCACUUCAACCUCAACUGCAAGAAUACUUCCAUGUUCAUGGCUGGCAACUUUGACUCCAUCAUAGUGGGGGGAGGUGAAGGCAACGCUCUCUACAUUGAUUCUGAACUCAACCAUGGACGCACUGGCAGAUGUGCCACCUUUGACAACCCACCCCUCUGUGCUGAGAGCUUUCAGGUUGCACUGCUAGAAGUGUGGGGCUUCCAGGAUGCCAUGGCCGCGUAAUGCUGUACGCACACGUACAUUCAUGUAGAUCCAUACAGACAUGGACUCUUAUGUGCAUAUUCAUGCACACACAUUUUAGCCCUUAAAACAUAUUAAAGCAGAAAAUCUUGAUAUAAAAUGUCCAGCGAAGCGUUGGUGGAAAAACAUAGAUAUGCAAACAAAACUACAUCCGUCCUUGAAAUUCUUAUAUGGUUAACUUUUUUAUUUAUUAAUGCAGUUAGUCCAAAUUUCAACGUGAAUAAAUGUGAUAUUUAUGUGUUUCUGUUAAUUUUUUGUAUUUACAGAUUUGUAUUAUGGUGUACUAAUUAUGUUAAAGUGUGUGGUAAUAUAAAGAAAGUGUUCAGGAUCAACUCUACAUAAAGCCGAUUUAAUGCUCAUUUUAGGGUUUUGUGAUGUGUUCAUGGUCUUUCUGAGCUGAAACAAUUGAAUUUCUGAAUGUAAAUUCAGUCUUCUGUGUUAUGUGGUUGAGCUCAAUCUGCCAAAUUUACUGUAUAGGUAGCUCUGCAGUCCUUAAAAUAUGUAAUUCACCAGACCACGUUGAUGAAUGAAGGUUUACGAUAAAACGUAUGAAGUCAAGAGUUAAUUUGGUUACGUGUUUUUAAAUGUCGGAAUACUGAGAUUAUGAGGUGGUGAAGUUGUACCAGGUCUGCAACAUUUUUGCUCAAGUCCUGUCACAUUUUCCCACACUUGAUUUGUUGUACAUAUGUGGGAGAUCUGCUAAAUGAAAAAUGUAUGAAAAAAUGUGGUAUGUGUUUGUGAAUAUUAGUGGUGAAUUUGAGUGUUGCCAAUUUAUACCGUAUCUCAAAGCUUUUUUGUUGAAAGAGUGGCAGUUUCUCCUUUUGUAUAGUUUAUGAAUAUUCAUGUGAAUAACAGUACAAACUUUUUUUUUUUUAAAGAAAGAAAGAGGUGUUUUUGGUUUACAAGUACUGGAUAUAAAUGCAGUUUGUUCAUCUUUCUUUUGAUCAUUUUCCUGUUACUUCCGUCCUUUCCAGUGUGAAACAAAAUAAGUCCAAAAUUGUGCCCUGAGUGUUGUUCGGGUUACACACCCAGUUUGUAUCUGUAUGUUCGAACAUGUGCUCCAGUGAAAAUAUCCAGUGAAAUAUCAGUUGAGUAACUACAGAUGUAUUCUACUAUGUGCAAAUACAGCAAUAUGCUUUCA